AUUUGCUCAGUAUAACACCCACAGCCUUAAGAGGCUAACCUGUUUACUGGGCUGUUGGUUCCCCAAGCUCCUGGAGGUCUUUUAGCCAUGCUGAGAUGGCAGUGAGGGGGCUAGAGCCCAGGCAGGCCGCAGAAGGGCUGUCAGGGCCACGGCUGAAUGUUUGGCUUCUCUGCUUUGCACUGCCUCUGGUGGCCUCAAACCCUUCUUUUGCACCAGAGGCCAAAUCCUACAGCUUCGGAAGACGCUUCCUGGGUUUGGAUAAAUGCAAUGCCUGUGUGGGCACCUCCAUAUGCAAGAAGUUUUUAAAAGAGCAAAUAAGAUUUGAAAGGUGGCUGUCCUCUCAGCAGGAUCUAGCCUCAGCCAACAGGACAUUCUAUGAAGGGAACUACACGGAUGACUCGGAGAGCUGGAGGCCUGUGGUGCUGUCCCGCCUGGUGUCCCCCCACCUGCAUGACUUGGCUGACAAAAGCAUUUGCAAGUCAGCAGGCAAAAGGAAAUCCUGCAGCAUUGAGGCUGUUCUGAGAGCUACACAGCGCUUCCAGAACUGGACACACUCCAAUCUGCUGCUGCCCAGCAUGGUGCAGGGUCUGGCCCCUCCAAUGCUGCGCUGUCCAUCUCAGAGGCUGCUGGACCGUAUCGUGCGCCGCUAUUUUGAGGUGGCCGAUGUGGGCAGCGUGCAGAUGAAGCACUUCACCCCUAAGGACAGACUCCGCCUUCUCUACACCCUGGCUGUCAAUCAACAGCCUCUUAUAUUACAGAUGUUUCCAGGCACGGAGGGCUGGCCCUUCCCCCGCUAUCACGGCUCUUGUGGCAGGCUGAUGGUGUGGGCAGGCUCCAGGCCCUUGAAGAAGCUGUACUCAUCACCGCUGGCACAGCGGGCGGACGCAGCCUACCAACUCCUCCGCAUCACCCAGAGCCUGGCCUCCAACAGCCUCCGCUUCAACCUCUACUACACCACGGCUUCAGAAGACAUGUUCGGCACCGUGGAGGACGGCAGGCUUCUCAUCACGGAUGCCAGCACCAUUGGAAUCAUCGACCUGCAGGAGGGAUUCCACACGGAAGGAAACUCACAGGCCAACCAUAGUGAUGUCUUCUCUUGUCUGGGCAGCUCCUGUCAGCAGACUCUUCCCUGUGAACGUGUUCGCUCCUCUCAGAGUUUCACUCUGCUCUGCAGACACGUCCUCCCUAAGCUGCUCUCCCUUGCAGAUGUGCAAUCAGCUGGCCUGCCCAAAAAGGCCAUCACAGAGCUGGCUGUCUGUGCAGACCACUCACAGUCAGACCAAAGGAUAUUUAAGGCUGUCCAAACACUGCAAGACACACUACAGGCCUUAAGACCGUGCAGUAAUGAUUAUGGAUACAGAUAUCCUGAGUGCAAGUACAGCGACAAGUUCUAGAGAAGCGACAACAAUGUAAACAGAAAUAACGGAUUAAAGAUGGACGUUAACGGCCACCUAAAAGAACCUAGAUGUUGCACGUUCUUCAAACCAAAGACUGCAACCUCAUCAAUUCAAAUCAUUUGCAAUCGCGCUUUGCACUUGGAGUACAACUCAAUCAUGUCUAUGCAAAGGAGAGGGAGACUCCUGUUGGUCACUGCCUCAAUUCCAGGAAAGGUCUUUAUAGCACACAGGAUAUGUGAGACACAGUCUCAAUCGAAAUAUAUGAACGGUACAUAGUUUUAAUGAGGCAUAAAAUCAGGGGACAAUUAUGGAAACUAUUUAGAAACGGCCAUUUCAGGUAUGACUCUUUAAUGACUCAAAAACCACCAAACAAUAAAAGAAUCUUUGUAUUUUCUGUACAAUGCUUACUAGGCGGUUUUAUUUAUACAUAAAAAACAAAAAGAGACAUGUUCAGUACGACAUUGCUCCAUAAAAUUUAAUGGCAGGUACUCUUGGAAAAAAAAUAACAGCAUUCCAUCAACAAUUAUUUUCAAGCAAUAAAUAUGCAUUUAUAAAUAGUGUAAAUUUACAAGAUUAGAAACAUAAA